UUAUAGCGCCUGCGCAGACGUCGCUCCUUCCUUUUCAGCUUCACGCGUCAGCCAUGGCCCCGUUAAAGAAGCAGGUGGUCAGGAAGCAAGGUGGGAAGAGGAAGAAGCUGAUGCUGAAGUUCACCCUGGACUGCACUCACCCCGUGGAGGAUGGCAUCAUGGACGCCGCUAACUUUGAGCAGUUCCUGCAGGAGCGCAUCAAGGUGAACGGCAAAGCCGGAAGCCUCGGCGGCGGCGUCGUGUCCAUCGAGAGGAGCAAGAGCAAGAUCGCAGUGAGCUCUGAAGUUCCCUUCUCAAAGAGGUACUUGAAGUAUCUCACCAAGAAGUACCUGAAGAAGAACAACCUCAGGGACUGGCUGCGGGUCGUGGCCAACACCAAGGAGAGCUACGAGCUGCGCUACUUCCAGAUCAACCAGGACGAGGAAGAGGAGGAUGAUGAAGAUUAAACUACACUACACUUUGAAUAAAAAUUUCAAAAGAU